CACAGCGAAACGCACCAAACGGCUUCCAUCCACUUCCGCCACAGCGACCUGUCGUCGGUGGCGUUCGGCUCUGUCUCUUUUGGAUAGUAGAUUCCGUACUGUGCAGUGUUCUCCCUCCGAGCUAAGGUCAAGUUUUUGACGACUUGCACGGUUUUUCGUCAGUAAAAUGGCUCUCAACAAAGCUGAAUUAGCCUGUGUGUACUCAGCGCUCAUCCUCGUCGACGACGAUGUCGCUGUUACCGAUGAGAAAAUCUCGACCAUCCUGAAGGCCGCCAACGUCGACAUCGAGCCAUACUGGCCCGGUCUGUUCGCCAAGGCCCUGGAGGGUAUCAACGUUAAGGAUCUGAUCACCAACAUCGGAUCCGGAGUUGGUGCCGGUGGUGCUGCCGCCCCGGCUGCUGCUGCCGCUGGAGCUGCCCCGGCCGCCGCCGAAAAGAAGGAAGAGAAGAAGGAGGAAGAACCCGAGGAAUCCGAUGACGACAUGGGAUUCGGUCUGUUCGGUUAGAUUCUUCGUUCUCAUCGGGAUGCUGCAACGGGGAAGUGCAGGCUUAUAUCCUGUUCGUUUUCCCCGCGGUGGCAUUUUUAUUCGUACAGUUUUAAUGUACAAUUGUACAAAUAAAAACUAAGUUCCAACGAGA